CACACACACACACACACACACACACACACCCCCACAGCGCCCCAGACAGACCCGACCGAACCCGGGCGGCGGCGGCGGGAGCCGCGGGAGGAGCCGGGACGAUGCCGGCCGUGAGCCUCCCGCCCAAGGAGAACGCGCUCUUCAAGCGGAUCCUGAGAUGCUAUGAACACAAACAAUACAGAAAUGGAUUGAAGUUUUGUAAACAAAUCCUCUCAAAUCCCAAAUUUGCAGAGCAUGGAGAAACUCUGGCCAUGAAGGGACUAACGUUGAACUGCUUGGGAAAGAAAGAAGAGGCAUAUGAACUGGUUCGUAGAGGCUUAAGAAACGAUUUGAAAAGCCAUGUGUGUUGGCAUGUUUAUGGUCUUCUGCAAAGGUCAGACAAGAAGUAUGAUGAAGCUAUCAAGUGUUACAGAAAUGCACUAAAGUGGGAUAAAGACAAUCUUCAGAUCUUAAGGGACCUCUCUUUAUUACAGAUUCAGAUGAGGGACCUUGAGGGUUAUAGGGAAACGAGGUAUCAGUUACUUCAGCUUCGACCUGCACAAAGAGCCUCAUGGAUUGGCUAUGCUAUUGCAUACCAUUUAUUAGAAGAUUAUGAAAUGGCAGCAAAGAUUUUAGAAGAGUUUAGGAAAACACAGCAGACAUCUCCUGAUAAAGUGGAUUAUGAAUAUAGUGAGCUCCUUUUGUAUCAAAAUCAAGUCCUGCGGGAAGCAGGGCUUUAUAGAGAAGCCUUGGAACACCUUGGCACCUAUGAAAAACAGAUAUGCGAUAAACUUGCUGUUGAAGAAACCAAAGGGGAACUUCUGUUACAACUGUGCCGAAUGGAUGAAGCUACUGAUGUAUAUAGAGGUUUACAAGAGAGGAAUCCUGAAAAUUGGGCAUACUACAAAGGCUUGGAAAAGUCACUCAAGCCAGUCAAUAUGCUAGAGCGUCUAAAAAUUUAUGAGGAAGCCUGGACUAAGUAUCCUAGAGGAUUAGUACCAAGAAGGCUGCCACUGAACUUUUUAUCUGGUGAGAAGUUUAAGGAAUGUUUGGAUAAGUUUCUAAGGAUGAAUUUCAGUAAAGGUUGUCCACCAGUUUUUAAUACUUUGAGAUCAUUAUACAAAGAUAAAGACAAGGUGGCAAUCAUAGAAGAGUUAGUAGUAGGGUAUGAAACCUCUCUAAAAAGCUGUCGGCUGUUUAACCCCAAUGAUGAUGGCAAGGAAGAGCCUCCUACCACAUUACUUUGGGUACAGUACUAUUUGGCACAGCAUUAUGACAAAAUUGGACAGCCAUCUAUCGCUUUGGAGUAUAUAAAUGCUGCUAUAGAAAGUACACCGACAUUGAUAGAACUCUUUCUUGUGAAAGCUAAAAUCUAUAAGCAUGCUGGUAAUAUUAAAGAAGCUGCUAGGUGGAUGGAUGAAGCUCAGGCCCUGGACACAGCAGAUAGGUUUAUCAACUCCAAAUGUGCCAAGUACAUGCUGAAAGCCAACCUGAUUAAAGAGGCUGAAGAAAUGUGCUCCAAGUUUACAAGGGAAGGAACAUCUGCAGUGGAAAAUUUGAAUGAAAUGCAGUGUAUGUGGUUUCAGACAGAAUGUGCGCAGGCUUAUAAGGCAAUGAAUAAAUUUGGUGAAGCACUUAAAAAAUGUCAUGAAAUUGAGAGACAUUUUGUAGAAAUCACUGAUGACCAGUUUGACUUUCAUACAUACUGUAUGAGGAAGAUUACACUUAGGUCUUAUGUGGACUUGUUAAAACUAGAAGAUGUACUUCGACAGCACCCAUUUUACUUCAAGGCAGCGAGGAUUGCUAUAGAGAUCUAUUUGAAACUUCAUGAUAACCCACUAACAGAUGAGAAUAAAGAACAUGAGGCUGAUACAGCAAACAUGUCAGACAAAGAGCUAAAGAAAUUACGUAAUAAACAAAGAAGAGCUCAAAAGAAAGCUCAACUUGAAGAAGAGAAAAAGAAUGCGGAGAAAGAGAAGCAACAGAGAAAUCAGAAGAAAAAGAAGGAUGAUGAUGAUGAGGAAAUUGGAGGUCCAAAAGAAGAACUUAUCCCUGAGAAACUGGCUAAGGUUGAAACUCCAUUGGAAGAAGCUAUUAAAUUUUUAACACCAUUGAAGAACUUAGUAAAGAACAAGAUAGAGACCCAUCUUUUUGCCUUUGAGAUUUACUUUAGAAAAGAAAAGUUUCUUUUGAUGCUUCAGUCUGUAAAGAGGGCAUUUGCUAUUGAUUCCAGUCAUCCUUGGCUUCAUGAGUGUAUGAUUCGCCUCUUCAGUGCUGCAGGGUCUGAAAGCAAAGACCUGCCCGAUGCAGUGAGGACAGUAUUAAAACAAGAGAUGAACCGGCUUUUUGGAGCAACCAACCCAAAGAACUUUAAUGAAACUUUCCUGAAGAGGAAUUUUGAUUCAUUGCCACACAGGUUAUCAGCUGCCAAAAUGGUAUAUUACUUGGAUCCUUCUAGUCAAAAGCGAGCAGUAGAGUUGGCAACAACACUUGAUGAAUCUCUAACUAACAGGAACCUCCAGACAUGCAUGGAGGCCUUGGGAGCCUUGUGUGAUGGGAGCCUUGGAGACUGUAAAGAAGCUGCUGAAACUUACCGAGCAAAUUGCCACAAGCUUUUCCCCUACGCUCUGGCUUUCAUGCCUCCUGGCUAUGAGGAAGACACCAAGAUCACGAUAAAUGGAGAUAGUUCUGCAGAGACUGAAGAACUGGCCAACGAAAUUUGAGCCCCUUAAGCAAAUGAAACGACUUUGGACCAUAUCUAGUGUAUAAUAUUUUUGUCACGCACCUGCUGCAUUGCUCUAACUUACACAGAAUGGAAGGAGUCAACGUUUAGCCUUCAAAUAGUGUUUUAUGUUUUUUUUAUCCUGCUGAAAAAGUAUAUCUAUGAAAUAUCUAACAUAUUACAGGAUAUAGGUUCAGUUUCUUAAAAAUUAAAAGCUGCUAAAAUUGAGAGAAAAAAAUACCUUAUCCUCUAUCUACCUACCCACCCAUGUUUUUAAACUAAUUUAUAUGAAAUCUGGAGGCUGUUACAGCUAACAAAGCAGGUGUGUGGCAGAAAUAUUACUUUAAAUUUGUCUUGUGAGAUUACUAUAUCUCAGACAGCAUAAAUGCUGUUUUAGCACUGGAUUCUUUCACUGAGCACAAAGAGUUGUUGGGGCUUUAGCAUCUGACUGGUUUUGAUAUGGGGUUGAUCUGACCAUAGGAAGUAUGCAAUGUGAAUCACUAUUUACAGAUAAAUCUACAACAGAUGCUUGAUGUUGUAGUGAAUGGGACAAAUAGAUACCAAGCAGAAUUAUUAAGAAACAUAGGGUGUUCAAUAAGCUUGUUGUGUCUCCAAAAUUCACUGUACAUGAUCAGUUUGGUGUUCUUGUACCACAGUUUUUAACUGAAGGAACCAGUUAGAACAAUCUCAAUUUUAAUUAAAAACUUGAAAAAAAUAGUUAACAUUGCUGUCCUGGGGCAAGCCUUUCAGCAUUGUUUUGGCCAAACUUAAUAAAACUGUAAUGCAAGAACCAAAUGCACUGUGAUGUGGCACCAACUAAUUAAUUAAAAGGAAGUUUGAAUUUCACCCCAAAGUGAAAAGAGAGAACCCACCAUGGCUUGAAGGUAAUGAGCAGAACUCCUUACUACCAUUCAAUGACUGAUCAAGAGACUAAUAGUUAAAAACCUCAGCAGGCCUUGUUCACGUUAUGCAGAAAAAAAAAAAGUGCUGCAGUUUAGAUACCUCUGGAAUUUUUCCACAGUGUCACAGGUUUGUAAUACUUGAAGCCCUACAUUUCUAAGAAUAUAUUUCUUGCUCAGUUGUUUCAGGCAAGCCCAAGACUUUGUAACUUUUAAAGGGCCCAAGAUUUUUUUUCAAUAACAGACCAGCUUCUUAUUCCUGCAGUUACAGAUGUAAUUUCCUUUUUGUUGUCAAACAUAAGGUACCAAAUAUGAUGCAAUAAAAUGUUUUGAAAAACAGUUGUGUGAAUAUUUCAACUAAUAGGUAUUGGGCUUCUGUGAAAAUACACAGAUGGAGACAGACACAGGUGCAAGUCAGAGGUAAUACAAUGUGCUGUACAGUUAUAACAUUGAUAUGUUAAUGCUGGUGCAAAUGGAAGCUUUAUGUAGUAUAUUAAGUGCUGGUGUCAGGAAAAUUCCUAGAUGCAAAAUGUAGUACUGCUUGGCAUUACAAUCUAUCUCAACGAAGGCUAGGGUGGCAGCUAGUACUGUGAACUUAAUUCACCAAUCUUAAUUAAGGGGAAACUGAAGCCUGCUAUGUAAAUGAUUUUGAUUGAUAAAAUGAGCCUUAAUAUGCUAAACCUAUGAAACAAUGAGAACUAGCCUUGGGCUCUACAGUCUCUCAUUAAUGGCCUUUGCAGUAUCUGAGCAAAUAACAAGAUUGAGUAAAAAUGAAUAGAUUGUAUAUACACUUUACAUUUUUGUGGUACUUUUAGUUUAUAGAAAGUCAGUUCUGAGGAGGGAUUUUUCAGGAAGACUUUGACUUAACUCUUGUCAAAUGAACUGUUGGGCUAAAAACCAACUUUUGCCUAGUCCAUUAAUCUGUACUUACAAACCACAUCUUAAUGGUAUAAAAAGUACAAACCGAAUCCCAUUUUUUGUUUUAUUUUAUUACCUGGCCCAGUCUCAGGAACAUCUUGAAAGAUGACAAUGUAUUAUUGUUUUAAAAAAAAAAAAAAAGAAAAAACUUCUCCUCUGGCAACUUAAGUUCUCCAUGUUGAGAGAACUGGUGUGCUACCUCUGCCGCAGAUGAGGUGCUUGAGGAGGCACCAGCCAUAUGAUGGGGGGGAGGGUGUGAAUUAUGUUUAAACUCUAUUGUAUAUUGAAUUGAAAUUCAUCUAUUGUCUUGACUGUAAAAAUGGCUGUAGAUUGUCUUAGAAUGACCAUGACUACUCGUAACUCUUACUGCAGAUCCCACCCUUUAAGAGAGAAAUUCCUAAUGUGUAUAUUGUAAUCCAACUCAAUCUUUACUGGAACAAUUGAAUAAAUCUUAUAUUCUCUUUCAGGUUUACUUGA